GAGCUUCACUGAAUCGGUAUGUUCGGGGACUUGUGAAUUCAGAGCAGGAUCGAACAUCAGCCUCAGCUCUUGAAUGGCGUCGUUUUCGUUUUUACCGGCCAUUUCUGCUUCUUCUACUUCUACAAGAGCUUUCUUUCCAGCUCGACCGGCCUUGCAUUUCAAGAGGCGGUUUGCGGUUAGUAGCAGUUAUGCUGAGGCAGGUAUCAGGGAUGACUAUAGUUCUGCCCCUAUAGAUGUUGCGGCUGACAUUAAAAGUGAACGGGUUGUCGUCUUAGGAGGCAGUGGAUUUGUUGGUUCUGCCAUAUGCAAGGCAGCGGUAUCCAAGGGCAUAGAGGUCAUCAGCCUAAGCAGGUCAGGCCGUCCUACGUAUCCAAGCAACUGGGUAGACCAGGUUACUUGGAUUUCAGGAGAUGUUUUUUACGUCAACUGGGAUGAAGUACUUGUUGGAGCCACUGCUGUGGUUUCAACCCUUGGGGGUUUUGGUACUGAGGAACAGAUGAAAAGGAUCAAUGGUGAGGCUAAUGUUGUUGCUGUGAAUGCUGCAAAGGAAUACGGGAUUCCCAAAUUCAUCUUAAUCUCAGUUCAUGAUUACAACUUACCUUCAUUUUUACUCUCAUCUGGGUACUUCACUGGAAAGAGGAAAGCAGAGUCUGAGGUUCUCUCCAAGUACCCCAAUUCAGGUGUGGUAUUAAGACCGGCUUUCAUAUACGGGAAGAGAAGAGUGGAUGGUUUUGAGAUUCCUUUAGAUUUGGUGGGAGAGCCAGCAGAGAGAAUUCUGAAAGCCAUAGAGAACUUCACCAAACCUUUAAACUCUCUUCCUGCAUCUGAUCUGCUGUUAGCCCCGCCCGUUAGUGUUGAUGAUGUUGCACUAGCAGUUGUCAAUGCUGUCAUGGACGAUGAUGAAUUUGGCAUUUUCACAAUUGAUCAGAUCAAGGAGGCUGCAGAAAAAGUGAGGGUAUGAUCCUAAUGCAGGAAUAGGAAAUGAGGUCAAUAUGGCCGAGUACUGCAGUCAUCGUACAGGGGGUAAGAAAAUUGAGGCAAUUUUUUAAUUCUCUCGUUCAAACUUUGCUAUGAUAUAGUAACAGUAUCAUAAUCUAAUGAGAGUUUCACGUGUACAACACUACAGAUUGACUUCUAUCUGUUAUAUACAUAUUAUAUAAUGUCUAAGAAUUUAUGUGAAGAUCCAUGUUUGUGUACAACUUUCUAAGACUCUUUGGAAAAA